AUGAAUCAAAUAAAAUUAGUAAAUACUAUAAUUAAAGAAACUGUUAAUAAAAGUACUUCAAUUUUAAAAUCAACAAGUAAAAAUUAUAAUACUAGUUAUUUCAAAGGAAAUUUAACUGGUAACACAAGUUUUUUAGUUCAAACAUCAAAUUUUGAUAAUUUUAAUAUCAAUCAAUUAAAAUCAUAUUGUACCAAUACAAAAACAACAACCACAACAACAAAUACAAUGAUCGAUACAAUGACAAUGCAAGACGUAGAUGCUAACUGCCUUAGUACAACCAUUGGUGCUACCACAAUUUCAGAUAAUACCAAUAUUGUAGACCAAGCCAUGGAAGAGCAAACUAUACAAGAUAGAAAGUCAAUAGAUAAUAUAGAUAUAAAUAAUGAAAACAAUAAUAUAGAAGAUAUAAAUAAAUUUAAUACAUACAAUAAUAAUAAUAAUAUAGAUAAUAAUACAUCAGAAGAUGAAAUAAAUAUAAAUAAUGUAAAUAAUAAUAAUAAUGAAAAUAUAAAUUAUAAUGAAGAAGAAUUCCAUUUACAUUCAGGUAUUUGCGUAAUUCCACAUCCAAAUAAAAGACAUAAGGGUGGUGAAGAUGCCCAUUUUAUUAGUGUUGACCGUCGUGUCAUCGGUGUUGCCGAUGGUGUUGGAGGUUGGGGCGAUGUUGGUAUUGAUCCAUCAGAAUAUUCAAAUACUUUAAUGGAAGGUUCAAAAAUCGCUUCAGACUCCAUUCAAUGCGAACGUGACCCAUUAAUAAUUAUGGAACAAGGUUACCAAUAUUCACAAGAUGUUAAAGGAAGUAGUACCUGUUGCAUCGUAGUUUUAGGAGGUAAAACUCUUUUAUCCGCCAAUUUAGGUGAUAGUGGCUUUUUAGUCGUCAGAAAUGGUGAAGUUAUUUUUAGAACUCGUGAACAACAACACGCUUUUAAUAUGCCAUUCCAAUUAGGUACUCAAUCAGUUGAUCGUCCAAUCAACUCUGUUACUGCUAGUUUCCCAGUCGAAAAAGGUGAUCUUAUUGUUAUGGGUACCGAUGGUGUUUUUGAUAAUUUAUUUGACGACGAAAUCGUUGAAAUCGGCGAAAAAAGUAAAGAACCACAAACUAUUGCUCGUUCAAUCGCCAAAAGAGCUUUCGAAGUCGGCUGCUCAACUACAAUUUACACUCCUUUCGCUAAAAACGCUGGUCAUAAUGGUUAUAUUUAUAAUGGUGGAAAGUUAGAUGAUAUCACCGUCAUCGUUAGUAUCGUUCAAGAUGGUCCAAUUCAACCAAUCAAAACCGAUUUAUUACUCUUAGAUGAACAAGUUAAAAGUGAUUAUGAAUAA